AUGGAACAAGGACCAGCAAUUAUUGACAUUGGAAGAUUUUUGGAGAAUCCCGAGUCGGCCGAAGCCAUCCAAGAUUGCAAGGAUCUGGUAAAGACCCUUCAAGAGACCAGCUGUCUGGUAAUCAAGAGUCCAAGAGUCAACGAUGAAGAGAACAGCAGAUUCCUCGAUAUGAUGGAGCAGUAUUAUGAGCAGCCAACAGAGAUGUUGAUGAAGGACGUGCAUCCAGAGUGGAGCUACCAGUUGGGCGCCACACCAGAGUUCACAGAGCACCCAAGAGAUCAUGCCGAUGUCAUCAAGAGUCUGAAGCCCCAGUACGCCGCACACGCACCACGUGGCGCCGACCCCAAGUGGCGAUUCUUCUGGAGGAUCGGUGACAGACCCGAACAGACCGCCUACCCCGAGCUCAACUGCCCACCAGUCAUCCCCGAGAAGUUCCCUCACUGGCAGGGAGUGAUGGACAAGUGGGGCUCGCUGAUGCUGUCCUCCAUCGAGACAGUGUCCGAGAUGAUCGCCGUCGGCUACGGUCUGCCGCGCAACACCAUCACCGAGCUGAUGAAGAACGGCCCACAUCUGCUGGCGCCAACCGGCUCGGACCUGAAGCGCUUUGGCGAGCUGGACCAGAUCUUUGCCGGCUUCCACUACGACUUCAACCUGCUCACCAUCCACGGUCGCAGCCGCUUCCCAGGCCUGUACAUCUGGCUGCGAGACGGCACUCGUGUGCUGGUGCGCGUGCCACCUGGAUGUCUGUUGCUGCAGGCAGGCAAGCAGCUCGAGUGGAUCACAGGAGGCGACAUUCAUGCCGGCUUCCACGAGGUUGUCGUCACCAAGGAGACUAUCGCCGCCGUCCAGAAGGCUAAGGAUGAGGGUCGCUCACUGUGGCGUAUCUCGUCCACUCUAUUCGGACACGUUGCCUCUGACAAGAUGCUGAGCGUGUUGCCACCAUUCCAAAACGAUCAGACCACUACCAAAUAUCCAACCAUCCUAGCUGGCAAACAAUCAGAGGAGGAGCUACAGAUGAUCAAUCUUCAACAAAAGUCAAACUAA